AUUAUUUCAUUUCCACGCCAACCAUCGUGCGCCGCGGUUUGAACGCUCCUGCCACAGGAAAAGAAAAUAAAAGCAAGGAAAAUCUCAAAUCCUAAUCGAAUACCAAAUACCGUGCUUGUGUGCUCUUUCCGCAAUUGAUUUUUUUUAAGCAGUGCAUGACAAUAACCGUUGAGUUGACUCCAUCAGAAGUAACUACAACUACAACUACAACUGGAAGCUGACAACAGCCAUUGGCCGAAUCUCAUCUCACGCCGAGCGAAAUACGUCAGCGACGGCGACGCCAGCGUUUAUUUAUUAAAACCGAUUACAUUACAACAAACACCAAAGUCCUGGACUACCGAAGAUACCGAACAGUGUGUGCGAGAAAAGCGAAGCAGAGAGCAAGGAGGAGCGCCGUGAGAGCGCGCGCGCAAGGAUAUCCGAUUGCAGAGAGAACUUAGCAAUUAGUUCGCCUUGUUUGCUCAGCCAAACAACAACAACAACAAGCAACCAGCUCCCCAAAACCAACAACACACACACACUCGCUCUCUAAACUAAAACAAUGGACUUUAUUAUGGCAAACACCGGAGCUGGCGGCGGAGUGGACACACAGGCACAGCUGAUGCAGAGUGCAGCGGCAGCGGCAGCAGUGGCAGCAACGAACGCGGCCGCCGCUCCCGUACAGAAUGCAGCCGCCGUGGCUGCCGCCGCCCAACUGCAGCAGCAACAGGUGCAGCAGGCGAUCCUGCAGGUGCAGCAGCAGCAGACACAGCAAGCGGUGGCCGCGGCCGCUGCGGCCGUGACCCAGCAGCUCCAACAGCAGCAGGCCGUCGUGGCCCAGCAGGCUGUGGUGCAGCAGCAACAACAGCAGGCGGCGGCGGUGGUGCAACAGGCGGCGGUCCAACAGGCUGUGGUGCCCCAGCCGCAGCAGGCGCAGCCCAAUACCAAUGGCAACGCUGGAUCGGGAUCGCAGAAUGGCAGCAACGGCAGCACGGAGACGCGCACAAACCUCAUCGUCAACUACUUGCCGCAAACGAUGACCGAGGACGAGAUCCGUUCGCUCUUCUCCAGCGUCGGCGAGAUUGAGUCGGUGAAGCUGAUACGCGACAAGUCGCAGGUCUACAUCGAUCCACUCAAUCCGCAGGCGCCCAGCAAGGGCCAAAGCCUGGGCUACGGCUUCGUUAACUAUGUCCGGCCGCAAGAUGCCGAGCAGGCUGUUAAUGUUCUAAACGGUCUGCGACUGCAGAACAAGACCAUUAAGGUGUCGUUUGCCCGCCCGUCGUCCGAUGCUAUCAAAGGCGCCAACCUUUAUGUGUCGGGGCUGCCGAAGACGAUGACCCAGCAGGAACUGGAGGCCAUCUUCGCGCCAUUCGGAGCCAUAAUCACAUCGCGCAUUCUGCAGAACGCCGGCAACGAUACGCAGACGAAGGGCGUGGGAUUCAUUCGAUUCGAUAAGCGGGAGGAGGCCACAAGGGCCAUCAUUGCCUUGAACGGCACCACACCAUCCAGCUGCACAGACCCCAUAGUGGUAAAGUUCUCCAAUACGCCUGGCAGCACCAGUAAGAUCAUCCAGCCGCAGCUGCCCGCUUUCCUCAAUCCCCAACUGGUGCGACGCAUCGGGGGCGCCAUGCACACGCCAGUGAACAAGGGUCUGGCCCGCUUUUCACCAAUGGCCGGCGACAUGCUGGACGUAAUGCUGCCCAAUGGACUGGGAGCGGCGGCGGCGGCGGCCACAACGCUGGCCAGUGGGCCUGGCGGCGCGUAUCCCAUAUUCAUAUACAACCUGGCGCCGGAAACGGAGGAGGCUGCGCUGUGGCAGCUGUUCGGUCCAUUUGGAGCUGUGCAAUCGGUGAAGAUUGUCAAGGAUCCCACAACGAAUCAGUGCAAGGGCUACGGCUUCGUUUCGAUGACCAACUACGACGAGGCGGCCAUGGCCAUUCGGGCGCUCAACGGCUACACCAUGGGCAAUCGGGUGCUGCAGGUCAGCUUCAAGACCAACAAAGCCAAGUAGAGCGCCAGCGACCCAAAUGGAUGUGGACGUGGACGCAGCGGGAGUUACGUUCCCAACCCCAACCGCCACUCCAACUCCAACCAUUAUCUUGAAUCUAAACAACCUGACCACACAACACACAUAUAUAAAUAUGCAUGGUAUAACGGUAACUAAGCGCAACAAAACAGUAUGUGUACAACACACAAGAAAAGAGAAACAAGAACGAGAAAGUGAAAGUGCAGGCAGGAGAAAAUACUCUUUCCACUAAACGACAACGAAACGGCGGAAAUCACCCUAGAUCCCCAAAAAAUACAAAUCUCCGCAAAAACCGCCGGCCAAAAGCGUUGCAAUAGAAAAAUUCUUCUUGUUUAGCAUUUAAGUAAAAACAUUAACUAAACGAAGCAAACAAAAGAAGUUAAAGAGUUCGGUAGAAGCAAAAAGGCAGUGGGUCGAGAAUCAGAAUGAGUAUAAGUAUGAGUAUGAGAACAAUGAGAUUUUAAGGGAAUAUUGCAAAAUGAAACAUAAACACACACUGUGGCAGUGGCAGCUGUGAAAGGUCAAAGGUUGGCACAGUCAGUUGGCUAGUCACAAAGCGUAAACAAAGAAAUCAACCAAACACACACCCAAAAACGAAAACAAAAACAAAAAAACAAAUUUAACUUUAUUAGCAAAAAAGAAAAUGAGAAAUUUUAAAAAUUUAUUAACUCUAAGUAAAACGCAGCAAUGAAAUCUUCCAAACAAAAGAAAGCAAAACAACAAAUCUGUUUGUUACACUUCAACUUUUUCUACCAUAAAAACUUUGAAUCUCUUGAUACUAAAACCCAAAACAGAAUUAAGAAAAUAGAGGAAUUCAGUGUCUACACUUUAUACAUAUACGGUGCUUGAAGGACACCAGUUUGGCUUGAUCGAUGAUAAAAAGUGAGCGCAGGAUGAAGAGUAUUUGAGGGGCAAUUAGGAGGAUCGCGCAUAUAGUAGAUAUAUAUGCAUAACAUGGAGGCUGCUACAGUAUUACGAGAAACAUAAACAUAAACAUAAACAUAAAAACUACAUACUUAAUGAACGAGCACGUUUAAUAAUUCUAAAAAUAUAUGUUUAUCCAUAUGUAUAUGCGAUAAUUCUAUGUCUGCCUAGAUAUACAACUAAAUAUAGACAUUUAAAGUGUUUUCUAUGUUUCGUAUUUGUUUUCUACACUAAGGAAACGAAUUCCGAUUGCAUCAAGCCAAACUUAUGUCCAUCAAGCACAAGUAAACUCAGUGAGAACUGAACAAGCAAAAGCAUAUAGAAAUCAUGAAGAAUGAAUGACAGAAAGCUAGCGACGUGAAAACAAAAGUAAUACAAUAAUUUAUGCGCAAAUUUAAAAUGUUUUACUAAAGUAAAUAAUUGUUAGUGAAUAUUGAUACUGUAAAUGUGCGCGUGUGCACACAGGUGCAGGUGCCUGCAGAUAUAUACCACGCUAUAUACGAUGCUGGCGAAGGCACACCUUAUAUACUUUAUAUAAUGUAUAGUUCAAGGAGCAAGUAAGCAUAAACCAAAAGAAAAACUAAAACAAAACAAAACACUUGCUAAACCAAAACAAUUUUAGCGUUAAAAACAAAGCGUAGCACAAAAAAUUACUGAAAACCAAAAGUAGAGCAGCAGCAACCAUUUUUUAUGUAACAACAACAAAAAGUAUAGCAAAGAGGUUUUUCUAGCUAAGUUAGGUGCUACAGGACAAAGAAAACGGCUGCGUAAAGACAAGGACUUAUCCGCAUCCUGCUUAUAUAAGACCCUACUACAAACCCGUGUCCAAACCUACAACUUUUGUGGAUCUUUUGCGUUACUUUAUCAGUUCGACUUCUGUAUGUUUCUUUGCUUCUAUGGAUAGUUGAAGCGAGAGAGUAAUACACAACACGACACAACACAACACACACACACACACAUAAACAUCAGUAUAUAUAUAAUUUCGAUUCUGGACUCUAUAUUCCGUAUUUGAAUUUGAAUUUGAAUUUGGUUUUGUUUGAUUUCUUUGUUUGCUUUGUACACGAAUUGAACUUAAUACUUAAGCUUUUGCAUCCAGCCCAUAAAACAAAACCAGUCAGACCCAACCAUGCAUAUUUAUACAAAUGAUUUGUGUUUAGUUUCUUUUUCGAAGUUUACCUUAGGAAACCCGCAACCGUUUUGAGUUCAUUUACCACUCUCCAAAUAGCAUAAAUUCUUGACCUAAGUUUCAACAAAGUUUGAACAAACUUUGAACAGAAAACAGAAUUGAACGGAACGGCAUCCAAAAAGCAGAAUAGGAAAUAGAAUUUAUUUUACUUUGAUUAUUAUUACGUCACCUAGCGCUAUGUGUAAUCAGACGUAUGUAUAUUACCAUAUAUAUAUAUAUCUAUUUUUUUUUAAUAAUUAUAGGGUAAAAAAUACUUUUUGUUUGAACAAAAUUCGCAACAAGAACUCUAGUCAGAAGAUGGAAAACAAGAAUAUUAUUACGAUGAGGCAGCCGCAUAUAGGGAGGAAUAGUAGAUCAAAA